GCUUGUGAUGAUAGUGGAAAACCGCUUCCGAUACAGAUCACCAAGCAACUCCGGCUGUUGGAUAAGCUUGACUUUGAACGGGAGAUGUUGGAACGGCGAGCGUCGGAAACAAGGGCGGCUAUGAAGGUAUCAGAAUUUGCGUUGAGCCAGUGGGAUCAUCUUCUUGGACAAAAGUGACCUGGUCAAUAGCACUGUGAAUCGAACCCAUCAGGUGUAGCCGGUAUCUGGAUCACAUCCGACCCCCGAGUGCGGGUCAACCUCGUGGAGGCGCGCAGAGUUUUAGGCAAAUGUUGGAAUGAUUGCCUCUUUCAAAAGGAGAGUAUAUGAGGAAAGAUCAGGUCAAGUUACAGGAAACGUUGGCGGGUUUGGCUAGGAUGAUGUACGAAAAGGUUUUUCAAUACGUCGUCUCGAGAAUGAACCAAACUUUCCUCGGUCAUGGUGAGAUCGAAUCGGAUGAAAUGUCAAUCUCUUUCUUGGAUCUGUACAGAUUCGAAAACAUGAGUCACAACUCUCUCGAACAACUCUGCAUCAACUGGACAAACGAAAAACUACAACAAUCCCUCAACGACAACUUCUUCAAAAAGCUGUCUGACACUUUCUCCGCUCAAGGGUGCGAGUCCGACUCUACCAUGCUCCCCGGCCGAUCGCCUCGUCUUGAAUGGAUCGAAGGAAGAAACCACAGUUUCGCUGCUUGUCUGAACGACAUCCGACCUUCGGACCGUCAAAAAGACGACGAUUCAUUGACCCACGGUCUACAAACGUUGGCCACUCAAAGCCAAG